AGAAAAUCACACAACAUAUAUUUUUAAUAAAGUUUAUAGUUGAUACAACUAGCAAGACAAAAUGGCCAUCACAAAGACUUCAGUGGCUCUUUUACUCUUAAUAAUAAUGGCUGCUUCGUUGUCUAAUUUCAGCGUCUUGGCUUCGGAGAUCAAACCUACAGGAAGAGUUGAUAAUCAGUGCAAGCAGAUGUGUUCGGGCGGUUACGGAGAUGGUAAAUGUGCCGCGGACUGUAGGAAGGCUGGUUUCUCAUCCGGACGAUGUCUUACUUCUUCUCCUUUCGGAAAUAAAUGUUGUUGCACUUAGUGAUGAUAGAUAACGAUCUAUAUGAGUUUUCUCUUGUUGUAUUGCCACAAAGGCACAAAUCAUAAUUAAUUGCAAUAAAAUCAAAUAAUUUUA